CCAUGCCCAAGGCCAAGGCAGGCAAGGCGGCCGCACCUGCCGCCGCCGCCGUGCGCACUGCUCCCAGCGACGCCAAUCCGCCGGCCUGGCCCACUGUACCCGUGCCGCGCAGCCUGGCGCCCGAGACGCUGCUCGAGCAGCAGAUCGUGCUGCUGCCGGCACUCCUCUCGCCCGCCGCGUGCGCCGCCAUCGUCGCCCUCUUCACGCCGCCCUCGCCGCACGCCGCUCAGCUGCUGCCGUCGCCCGCAGCGCGCCGCGGCGAGGCGCAGCGCACCAAUGCGCGCUUCCAGGUCAACGACGCCGUCUUUGCCGCUGCCCUCUACGCCGCCCUCGCACCCGCUGUCGCGCAGUGGAGUGAGGCCGGGCUGCCCGCCGCAGGCCUGCAUCCCAAGAUCCGCGUGUACCGCUACUCGCCCGGCGACAUCUUCGGCGCACACUACGACGGCCACAUCGACGACGACGCCCACCCGCAGCGCCGCUCUGGCUGGACCGUGCUCGUGUACCUCACCGGCGAGGAGGACGGUGUGCUGGGCGGACAGACGGUCUUCUACACCAAGCACAAGAAGAACGACAAGGACAGAGUCGUGGCACCGCUGAAGCGCGGCAUGGCGCUGCUGCACCGCCACGGACAGGUGAGUGUGGCUGUGAUAGGGCGCAGCGACAGCUGGCGGGCUCUGCCUGCCGUCGAGCUGAGGCUGAUGGGCGCCUGGCGCAGGCCUGCAUGCUGCACGAGGCACUGCCGCCGACGCGCGGCACCAAGUGGGUCCUCAGGUCGGACCUGAUGUUCGGCGCCGC